GUGACGCCGCAGAGCCGUUUUCCCUCCUCGCUGAAGAGCUGCGCAGCUGAAAACGCUCUACACGGAGACGUUCUCGGACACGUGUGGUUCCGCUUCUGCAGGAGUACCGGCGACGACACCGAGCGACCCGCAGCGCCCCGUUCUUUACGGAGACGUAUGAGGUGCUGUUAGCGGGAAAACAUGUUCAACAACUCGUUUGGCACUCCGUUUGGUGGAGGUGCGGGGUUCGGUGCCUCGUCCACCUUUGGUCAACAAAACGCUGGCUUUGGGACAGCAGGGGGCUUUGGGACUUCUACAUUUGGGGCGACCACCAACACAGGAGGACUGUUUGGCUCCACGCAGAAUAAACCCGGUCUUGGAACUUCAGCUCUGUCCUCUCGGAUCCCCCCAGGUGGACUGUUUGGGGCCAGCACAUUCAGCCAACCAGCCACUUCUUCAACUAGCACCGGCUUCGGCUUCGGGCCCGCCAGUGGUACUUCCACCAGCCUCUUUGGCAGCACUGGAACAGGCACCAGCGGUGGGCUCUUCUCCCAACAGAACAAUGCCUUUGGGGCCAACAAACCCACCUCUUUUGGAAGCUUUGGGACGAGCACAGCCAGCGGCGGGCUCUUUGGGUCGACCAACACCACAUCCAACCCUUUCGGUGGCUCAAACUCGCUGUUUGGAGGCUCUGGCUUCUCAGCAAAUCAGCAACCAGGAACCACCGUGAAGUUCAACCCUCCAACCGGAAGUGACACAAUGGUGAAAGCGGGCGUGACCACUAGCAUCAACACCAAACACCAGUGCAUCACUGCCAUGAAGGAGUACGAGAACAAAUCACUGGAGGAGUUGAGGCUGGAGGACUAUCAGGCAGGCAGGAAGGGCCCAACCAACCCCAUUGCCGCAGCUACGGGUGGACUGUUCGGUGGGGCCACAGCCACGUCCAGUGCCACGACCGGCCUGUUCGGUGCCUCGGCUGCCAACACCAGCUUCUCCUUCGGCCAAAAUAAGAACACAUUUGGACCAGCAGCUGCAGGUGGCUUUGGUGCAACCACAGGUGGUCUGUUUGGCCCACCAAACCAGCCUGCUGCCAGCCUCUUCAAACCUUUCAAUCAGACCACCACAGCUCAGAGCACUGGCUUCUCCUUUGGCAACACCAACACAAUGGGCCAGGCGAACACCAGCAGCAUGGGGUUGUUUGGAAGCACAGGCCCCACCCAGUCAGCCGGGCUGUUCGGGGCGGCCCAAACCAGCACAGCCACAGGUUUUGGGGCGUCUACUGGGUUGUUUGGCCAGCCCAACACAGGAUUUGGAAACGUUGGAACACAGCCAAGUCUAUUUGGCAACAAAGCUACCGGGUUUGGCACCACCACCACCAGCGCCUCGUCCUUUGGCACGGGCACCGGACUCUUUGGUACCAAGCCUGCUCUCACUCUGGGAACUGGAACCAACACGUCCACCUUUGGCUUUGGUGCAAACCCUGCAGGAGCGAGUCUUUUUGGGAGCAAGGCCACCACUGGAGGACUAGGGACUGGACUGGGAACCACUUUUGGAACUGUUGGGGCUGGUCCCACUUUGUUUGGAAGCAACCAGAACAAAUUGGGCAACACGUUGAGUACGAUGGGAACGUUCGGAACAACUGGAUUCAACACUGGAGCAAGCACGCUGGGCUUCGGAACAGCGCAGCAGCCUGUUGCACUCACAGAUCCUAAUGCCAACGCUGCCCAGCAGGCCUUGCUUCAGCAGCAGCUCAGCGUCCUGGCGUACUCACCGUAUGGAGACUCGCCGCUUUUCCGAAACCCGCUGUCAGACCCCAAGAAAAAGGAGGAGCGUCUGAAACCGACCAAUCCGACGGCCCAGAAGGCUCUGACCACACCCACCCACUACAAGCUGACCCCCCGCCCAGCAACCAGAGUUCGACCCAAAGCCCUCACAUCUUCAGGAGCCUCCAAGUCGCAGCUGUUUGAUGGUCUGGAUGAUGACGAGCCUUCACUCACCAAUGGAGCCUUUGUACCCAGGAAAAGCAUCAAGAAGCUGAUGUUGAAGAACCUGAACAGUAGCCAGUACAGCAGUCCGCUGAGCAAAGACAGUGAUGAGCUCGGCUCACCUGCAGAGUUCCGGCAGAAUGGACACAGCCACACAAUGGAGGAGGAUGAACUUCGUGAGGUUCCAGGUCGAAGCAACCGGAUGGACGACGAUCCAGAAGUCUCUCAGUUCUAUGUGAAUCCCAUCGCCAAGCCAAUCCCACAGGGGCGCGCUCAGAUCAGCCUGCAGGACACAAUCAGUGACCUGAACAUGCACAAACCGUCUAGGAACGGGCAGGAGGUGAGCAGCGAUGACAUCUCUGCAUCACUGGGGGAGGAUUCUCUGCAGGAGGACAGAGACGAGGAGGAGCCGCAGCAUGAGUUUCCUGAGUCUCCUCAUCCUGCAGGGAUUAUUCUGAACCGUGUGGGUUAUUACACCAUCCCCUCGCUGGAAGACCUGGCUGAGAUGACGGAUGAAAACGCAGCCUGUGUUGUAGAAAACUUCACCAUCGGCAGGAAAGGUUAUGGCUCCAUCUUCUUCCCGGGUGAGGUGAAUGUUACCGGCCUGAACCUGGACGAGAUUGUCCACUUCAGACGCAAAGAGGUCAUCGUGUAUCCGGAUGAUAAAAACAAGCCGCAGGAGGGGGAGGGACUUAACAGGCGGGCUGAGGUGACUUUGGAUGGUGUUUGGCCCAACGACAAGACGUCCUGCACUCAGAUCAGGAGCCCUGAGCGUCUGACCGACAUGAACUACGAGGGCCGUUUGGAAAAGGCCUCACGCAAACAGGGAGCCCGUUUCCUGGAGUACCGACCCGAGACCGGAUCCUGGGUGUUUGAGGUGGUGCACUUCUCCAAAUACGGGCUCCAGGACUCUGAUGAGGAUGAAGAUGUCCCGCUUAAAACCGACCCCAAGAAACUGAAGACCAUGAUGUCACUUCCUGGCUCCAAGCUGCAGCAGCUGCUUCCUCCUUCCCAGCAGCAGGUGGCGCCGCAGGCUCAGUCCGUUGCUGAUCUCAUGAGCGGUGUCGCAGAGUUGGACAGCGACAUGGCUGACAUCACACAGAGCAUCCCGACAGAGAGCAUGCUGGGAGGCGAAGACGACGGUGACCUGUCGCCUGGGGAGGUGGACGCAACUGUAGCAAAACUCGGCAGUUCGGUGUCGGACCACAACGGCGACUUGACGUGCACCACCAUCACCUCGUCUCUGGGGAUCAACCCACACACUCUCCAGAUCAUGAAGGCAUCCUUGUUUGCUGAAGAUGACGAUGAGGGUGACAUGUUCCAUGAUCAGGGAGCGAUGAAGAUCUCUGACGUCUCGUCUCCUCGCCUCAUCAUCCCUGGAGCUCAGGGCCGACCCUCCAUCGGUGGACUUCUUCAGACUCGUUUCACAUCCGGCCUGCUUGCUCAGCUCCCAGAGUCGCCCCGCCCUCUUCUUCCUUCGUCCUGGGCGUCUCCAGCUGCAGCUGAGACCUCACGAUCAUCACAGUGGAAGGGCCCAGGCCCCUCCUCUUUCAUGCUACCUUCCAAAGCUCCUGAGCCUUCGAUCAGGACGGUCGGUGUCCGGCGGUUGGCAGGUCCCGUACCCCUCAAAGAGUCGGUCACUCGGGGGAAGGGAGGCUUGUUAAUGGACACAGGGCUGUUCACCACCCGCUCCUUCCGGGUGGGCUGGGGCCCCGGCUGGACGCUAGCUCACUGUGGCAUCCAUCUGAGCUCGCCUACGUCCGCACAGCUCCACCAGCAAGAGCUCAGUUCCAAGACCGACUUCAGCUUCCUGCCAAAACCUUCCAGGACUAAACCACUGACAGAAAGCCCCUACAAGGUUGUGCUCGAGCAGCUGGUGGGUCUGGAGCCUCCACAGCUGAAGACCAGCGAGGACGAAGAUGAGGAGGAGCAGAGCCAGGCUGUGCUGCAGCGCCCCCUGGAGAUCCACCUGAAGCACAGCAGCGUGGGCAUUCCCGAUGGAUCCGCAUGUCCUCUGGUGCAACCGUUGGCCGGCGUGGCGGCGCUGCACGAGUACGCCGAGUGGAUCACCGAUCUGAACGACCAGCAGCGUGAUGCAGAACCCCUCCUGGAUAACUGGGCUGAGGUGUGGACUCUGUGCGAGGCCUUGUGGGGCCACUUGGGCCCCUCGGAUCAGGAGCCGGAUGCAGAAAUGUCAGAGUACAAACAGCAGCUGCAGAGGAGGCAGAGCUUCUCUGCCUGGCUGUCCCACGGCGCCACCAGCAGAGUGGAGGAGGAGGUUGCACUGGCGGGGAAGGGUUGCCACACAGACGCCAUCUUCAGCUACCUGACAGGAAACCGCAUCAGCGAGGCGUGCCGAGUCGCACAGAAGGAAGGAGAUCACCGCCUGUCGCUGCUGCUGGCUCAGGCUCUGGGCUCUCAGGACUGCCGGGACCUGUUGGCCCUUCAGCUCGCCGACUGGAACCGCAUGCAGACCGACUGCUACCUGACCGAGGAGCGACUUCGCAUCUUCACGCUGCUCGCUGGAAAACCUGUUUGGCAUUCAUCUGACUCGGUGGUGAACGUGUGUUCGGAGCUCGACUGGAAACGUUGCGUGGCCCUCCACCUCUGGUUCAUGUUGCCUCCAACUGCGUCCGUGGCCGACGCCCUCACUAAAUAUGAAGCCGCCUUUCAGGGCUCAGUUGAGGGAGGAAAGUACUGCUGCGCCCCACUGCCUCCCUACCUGCAGGAGGAGGAGCCAGAAGAUGAGGAAGAGGAGUCGAAACGGCCGCUAUUUGACUUGUGCUUUCAUCUGCUGAAACUCUACAGUGACAGACACUACAGCCUGCAGCAGCUGCUGGACCCGCUGACGGUCACCUGGCAGCGCCUGGAUUACCGGCUGAGCUGGCACCUGUGGGGCGUCCUGCAGGCGCUGAACUACAGCCACCUGAGCGCGUCGCGGCAGGGACUCCUCCACGCCAGCUAUGCCGCUCAGCUGGAGAGCGCCGGCCUCUGGCACAUGGCCGUGUUCAUCCUGCUGCACAUCCCCAACCACGCUCAGCGCGAGCGGGCCAUCAGGGAGGUGCUGACCUUGCACUGCCCCCUGCACGACACAGACCAGUCCGUGCAGCGUGAGCGUUUCCUGACCGAGAGGCUGCUGAUCCCAGAGACGUGGAUCCAUGAGGCCAAGGCCACCCGAGCCCAUCGCCACGGUGACAGACACCAGCAGGCCCUGCACCUGUACCGGGCCGGACACUGGAGCCAGUGCCACCGGCUGCUGAUCCGCCAUCUGGCCUCAGACUGCAUCAUCAACGACAACCACGAUUACCUUCUGGAGUUCCUGGAGGGUCUGGCGGUUCCUGAACACAGCGCCACCAUCCAGGACUGGGACACCGCUGGGAGGGUUUACCUGGACUACAUCAGGGUCAUAAAGACCCUGCAGGACAUCCAGCAGAUAGAGAGUGCUGGUUACGAGCUGGAGCGUCUCUACACUGACGUGACGUCGCUCUGCAGCAGAAUCGAGCUCCUGCCCUGCAGCACUGCCAGAGACCGCCUCGCCCAGUCAGAGAUGGCGAAGCGCGUGGCCAACAUCCUGCGCGUGGUCCUGAGCCUUCAGCAGGGUGACACAGCGGCAUCAGACUCCCUCAGCAUCCCGCUCGCCCAGCUGGCGCCGCACAUCAGCCGCCUGCCGAUGCCGGAGGACUACACACUGGAAGAGCUGCGAGGGCUCACUCAGUCGUACCUGCGGCAGCUUAUCGUUAGCCAAUGACAGCACAGUGGGAGGUGCCGUUACAACUGUGGGGACAGUAGUGUUCUGGAAAAACUGAAAACUUUGCUCUGCUUCCCAGAAUUGAUCCCAUCCAGUCAAAUGUUACCUACCUGAAAGUCAAACAUCCCUACCUGGACGUCAAAAGCAAAAUUUUAACACGUAAAACUAUUUAAAUGUUUGAUCUUAGCUCAUCCGUGUCAGUUCUCUGCUGAUCUGGUGUGUUUUGGCCCCGCGAGCAGACUGGUCUUUAGUUUAACUUGUUAAGCUAAACACUUUUGACGCUGGGAUGAUGUAGCGUGAGUAGCAGGUGUUUCGCGGCGGUCUGCAGGGGAGCUUUUCCGUCUUGAUCGCAGUCAUCCUGUUGGCUCGCGUGCAAACUGAACGAGGUUUCCAGAUGUUUUAAACUUCAGAAUCAGGAUUCAUGUGGAUUUUGCAGGAAAUUCAGGAGCAGAAAAUGAAACCAGCUCAGAAUUUCUUUCAAAAUAUUUCCAGCGUAAAUGACUUUCUGAUGAAACAAUCGGAACUUGAAUUAUUGGGUUUCUACGCAGAAGAACGUCGCAGGUCCGCGCUGACGCCUGGUUUUCUUUAAGUAUUCCGUUUAUGAGAAUAAAGACUGUCUGAGACACUGCAGACACCAAGUGGCUUUUUUGGGGGACAACCCAGAAAGAUUCAACAUUUAGAGUGUAAAAGCCCCCUUAUUUUUGUACAUUUUUGGUGUUUCUGUUUUGGGUCUGAAUGUAAAUCAAAGGUGUUUGUGGGAACGCGUUUCUUUGUUGGCACUUGUUCGACUUUUCCAAAACAAGGUGUUAAACAGGGAUUCAUGUCUCGAAUAUUCAGGGAACUUGAUGUCUGUUUUAAUCUCAACGAGAUGGAUGCGAAGUCUUUUCAAACUAAACAUUCCCUUCUGGAAUGUUGGUCGUCGUUUUUAGUUGCAGAUUAAUUCGAUAAAUUCAAUUUCUUUAUUUCUGAAUACAGAUCUGUGUGUGUGUGUGUGUGUGUGUGUGUGUGUGUGUGCGUGUGUGUGUGUGUGUGUGCGCGCUCGUGUGUGCAUGUUUUCAUUGUGGUUUUGUUUAUAUUUUUUAAUAAAGUCAAUUAGAAAUAAA